GACGGGCGCGCGGGGUACGUACGCAGCACACACACGGAAUUGUAGUACGCGUCGCGAUUAUUAUUAUUAUUGUUAUUGUUUCUGCGUUUUGCGCUGGCGCGCUCGUUACAUUUGACGGUAGACCGCGAGCGCCGACGGCAAUCGUGUUGGCAACACCGACCCAGGCCGACCUUGGACCGUGAAUUCCUCGGACGCCGGUCACACUGGGUGCGUUACGUCGAUAAAGGACUGAAAUUUUUGAUAAAAUUGUUUGCAAAAAUUCAGUUUUUAUGUGCGUUUCGCCAUAAAUUUUUGACAAAAAAUUACAUAAAACCGUUGGCCGAACGAAUUUCAGUGAUUGCCGACGUCCGACGAGUUUUUUUACCGAUUUCGCGUCAGCGGUGACAGCCCGGCUCAACUAUCGAUAGUUGAGCGCUCCGAACAAUCGUUGACCCGACUGCCGAUGGCUGCCCCCGUUCCCCGUAUGUCUAUUAUGUCCCGUGAGUGCUUUAUUUACAUCUAGUUUUGUUGUCGAAAAAUAUAUUUCCAGUGUCCGAAUUCGUUGUUAAUCCGUCGCGUUUACCGCAUCGAACCGUCGCAGAUCGUCGGCGUACCGCGCAACGUGUCCAGGAACGCUUUCAGACGGACCGCCGAGGUCCAUAGCGACGGCGCUUAUCGGCCGCAAUCAUCGGCUCGGAUCACGUCAAUCUCGGACACGGUCGGUUCUGCUUAUGGCUGCCCAUGUUAUUCAUACAACUUAUAUUAUGACUUGAAUUUACUAUCCAGCUUCAAAUAUUAUUUAUUGUUGAACCAUUAAUCAAUCAUAAAGAAUUUCAAACAUGCAAGAAUCAAACUGAAAAUAGAUAACUACAAAUGAAAUCUUCAAUUAUCAGCCUUCGACAUAGCAUAAAAUGGCCCAUAUUACUGUAUGGUGAUAUCACAUACUGCUUAAUUAUGUGACUUAACUAUGUUUAACUAUUUUGUUUCUCAAUUUGAGUUUUUAAAAAUUUGACAUAUGUAUAAUAGGUUUAGGUCAUUGUGCAAUUUUAAUAUGUGAUUAUUGAUACUAGUAACUUUAUACUAGGUCUUAUCUGUUUUGAAUUUUAAAACUAAAUAUGUCAGACCUAUUGGUGGAUAGCCCUCCGAACAAGAGGCCAAAGUUGGAAGAUCCAUUUCAAGGGUCUUCCGACUCAUCUGGUGUCUAUUCUAGUAAUGAGAUGUUUGAUCUCGAGAAUGAUCUCCCUGAUGAGCUUAUUAGCGCUACGCCUUGGAACCAGCAACCUGAUAUCAAACCAAAUCUUGGUCCUCAAGUACCAUUGCAAAAUGGUAUGAUUGUUCAGCAAAAUAAUCCUCAACAGCUUCAGCAACCAAUUCAACAACGAUUAGUAGUCAGUCAACAUCAGUUAGCCCAUCAUUUUAUGGGUUCUACUAAACAUCUUGUGUCUGGGGCUGGAAUAUCUAUGAAUAAUAAACCAAUUAAUCCAAAUAUGCCAUCACCAAAUGUUUUGGUUGGUAAAACUGGAGAACCAAUGGUUGUAAAUAUGGGAAAUGCAGGCAUUAAUUCCAAUCAAUUACAAAACAGUAUUAGUGGAAUAAAUGUGGCAAAUGUAAAUAUUAUGAUGGGGAAUAAUUUGGUUAGUAAUUCAAUGCACAAUCCUCAUCAUGGGAUUCCCCAGCAACAACAAAAUGGACCUAUGAUGGGAAGGAACAUAGCAAUGCAUCAUCAACAGCAAAUUCGCAACCAAACUCCUCAUCAACUUCAUAAUUUGCCAAUUAAUUCUCAUAGGUUACAAGCUCCAAUGGGUGCAAUGAGUCCAGUGAAUAAUUUUAAUGCAUACAACCAAAAUAAUCAACAAAUUAAUGUUGUCCAACAACAACCUAUUGGUAUUGUACGACAACAAGUACCGAGAUUUAAUACCAACACUAAUGGAAUGUUAGUGGAUACUCCGGUUCCUCCCCAGUCUCAAGCAAAUGUCCGUCUUGGACCACAGCAAGUUAGUAUGGUCAAUCAAAAUGUGGUUGUACCACCUCAAGGAGUCCCUGCUGACCGUAGUCAAGCAAAUCCAGAAAAACGAAAAAUGAUAACCCAACAGCUUGUUCUAUUAUUACAUGCACAUCAAUGUCAGAGACGAGAUAAUCAACAAGCUAAUGGUGAAGUGAGACAAUGUCGUUUGCAACACUGUAAUACAAUGAAAGGGGUUUUAGCUCAUAUGACAAAUUGCUUAGCUGGACGAAAUUGUAAUGUAGCUCACUGUUCGUCAUCUAGACAAAUAAUAUCACAUUGGAAACAAUGCACUAGACCAGAUUGUCCUAUUUGUCAACCAUUAAAAGCAUCAAAUAAUCGCAAUGCCUUAGCAAAUAAUACUACUCAAAAUACUACUGGAAUGAACGAUAUGAAUUGUUAUAACACUGUUAAUAAUCAAGUAAACCAAGUACAGGGAGUCCCUAACAAUGUUGGUAUACGAACGGCUUUGCAAUCUCAAAUGCCACAUCCUCCUAAUAAUAAUGUGCUGACGCCUAAUCAAAACACAAGAGUAUUAGUUCCACAUUCACAACCUCAGGUAACAACUACAAUGAGUGCAGCAGAUCCUAGUACAAGUUCUGUAAAUGAAAUGCUGCAGUCUGUUUCGAACACAACUGUACCAGUUCCGUCUAGCAUUCAACAAUCUGUGACAAAUAUACCUAAUUCUUUCAUAAUGACAACUAGUACUGAUACAAUGACUACUCAGAUGAACAAUCAAGCACAACCAAGUCAAUCAAUGCCAGGAAAUCAUAUUGAAAGUAAAGAAUGGCAUGAGUCUAUUACACCUGAACUACGAAAUCAUUUAGUGCAUAAGUUAGUACAAGCAAUUUUCCCAACAUAUGAUCCUAAAGCAAUGCUUGACAAACGUAUGAAUAAUUUAGUGGCUUAUGCUAGAAAAGUUGAAGGUGAUAUGUACAAUGUUGCUAACUCUAGGUCAGAAUAUUAUCAUAGGUUAGCCCAAACAUUUUAUAAAAUUCAGAAAGAGUUGGAAGAAAAAAUGCAAAAGCGAAAAGAACAACAACAAAUGCAACAGCAGCAAAUGGGGACUCAGCAACCAACUAAUAAUAUCAAUGCCCAAUGCUUCCCAACUGCGUCUACACAAGGAUUACCUACUCAACAGCAAGCACCACAACCACAACAGCAACCACCUUUACAUCAUACUUCAAUUCAGCCCAACCAGCAAAAUUUGCCACAACAAGUAGUAACAACAUCUGGUAUAAUGAAAACACAAAUGCCAGACAGGGUGCAUUUUCCAAUUACUUCACCUGUACCUGGACCAAGUCCAAAUACAAAUUUACCUCAAACUACUUUUGGUUUAACACAACCACCUGCCCAAAGUCCAAUCAAUACUAGUCAGUUCCCAUCUAACUCGCCUAUGAUGCCAAACAUAUCUCAAGGUUCGUUCGCUCAACCUCAAUUUCCAAAUCAAUCAAUGAAUCAAAUACCACAACAAAUACAUUUACAACAACAAGUUCAACAGCAACAACAACAAGUUCAACAGCAACAACAAGUUCAACAGCAACAACAAGUGCAACAACAGCAGCAAGUACAACAAGUUCAACAACAACAACAACAACAACAACAACAACACUUAAACAAUCAAAUGUUACAACCAAAUAGACUUAAUCAAAUGAAUAUGGAAAAAAUGGUUAAUGGACCUAGUUUGAUAGCCAAUAACACUGUACCAUCAACUACAAGUGUUCCAUCAAUGAUGCCCAACAGUAUGGGUAAAGGUUAUCCUAGAUCAGAACCCUCAUCAAUUAGUCAUUCGAGUCAGAUGAAUGCUAUUGCUUCUGCUUUAGCACAAGAUGACUCUCCUAAGGAUAUUAAAGGGGAGGUAAAAGAUGAAUAUGAUGAUAGUAAUGAUGGAAAAGGUGCAUAUGGAAAAGGUAAAAUGAAUUCCGAAACACCGUCAGUGUCUGUAAAAACUGAAAUUAAACAAGAACGUGAUGAUGCUUCAAGUUCAAAGAAAAUGGAAGUUAAAAUUAAAGAUGAACCUAUGAGUCCUAAACCAAACAUCACUACAGAUAUUAAACCAUUUGAACCAACUACAUCUGACAGUAAAACAGCCAUUAAGAAAUGUAUAUUUAGACCUGAUGAACUUAGACAAGCAUUAAUGCCUACUCUUGAAAAAUUAUACAAACAAGAACCUGAAUCAGAUCCGUUUAAACAGCCUGUUGAUCCUCAAGCACUUAAUAUACCCGAUUAUUUUAUUAUCAUAAAAAAACCGAUGGAUUUAUCAACUAUUCGAGAAAAACUGAAUACAGGUCAAUUUACUGACCCCUGGAGUUAUGUUGAUGAUGUUUGGUUGAUGUUUGAAAAUGCUUGGCAUUAUAAUAAAAAGUCUACAAAAGUAUAUAAAUCUUGUACAAAACUUUCAGAAGUUUUUGAACAAGAAAUUUACCCUGUUAUGAGAAGUCUUGGUUACUGUUGUGGUCGUAAGUACACAUUUAAUCCACAAGUGCUUUGUUGCUUUGGAAAACAAUUGUGUACUAUUCCAAGAGAUGCCAAGUAUUUCAGUUUUGAAAAUAGAUAUAUUUAUUGUGUUAAAUGUUUUAAUGAUAUACCUGGAGAUGCUGUAACAUUGGGCGAAGACCCUACACAAGCCCAACAAGUAAUUAAAAAAGAACAAUUUAUGGAAAUGAAAAAUGAUCAUCUAGAAUUAGAACCGUUCAUAAUGUGUACACACUGUGGAAGAAAACUCCAUCAAAUCUGUGUGCUCCAUAAUGAAAAUAUUAAUCCACAAGGAUAUGUUUGUGAUAACUGUUUGAAGAAGCGGGGUGAAAAACGAAAAGAUCAUAAAUUCAAUGCAAAAAAAUUGGCUAUUACAAAAUUAGGCACAUACAUUGAAACUAGAGUGAACAAUUUCCUUAAGAAAAAAGAAGCAGGUGCUGGUGAAGUUGCUAUACGUGUUGUGUCCAGUUCGGAUAAAAUAGUUGAAGUGAAACCUGGAAUGCGAAAUCGUUUUGUUGAAAGUGGAGAAAUGAUAGGUGAAUUUCCUUACAGAGCUAAAGCACUUUAUGCAUUUGAAGAAAUUGAUGGAACUGAUGUUUGUUUCUUUGGUAUGCAUGUCCAAGAAUAUGGGUCUGAAUCUCCAUCACCAAACACAAGAAGAGUUUAUAUUGCGUAUUUAGAUUCUGUCAACUUUUUCAGACCUAAACAGUACAGAACGUAUGUUUAUCAUGAAAUAUUAUUGGGUUAUCUUGAUUAUGUAAAACAAUUAGGUUAUACUAUGGCACACAUCUGGGCAUGUCCUCCAUCUGAAGGUGACGAUUAUAUAUUUCAUUGUCAUCCACCUGAACAAAAAAUACCAAAACCAAAACGAUUACAAGAAUGGUAUAAGAAAAUGCUAGAUAAAGGUAUUAUUGAACGCAUUAUUCUGGACUAUAAAGAUAUUUUAAAGCAAGCUAUUGAAGACAAAUUAAGUUCAGCUGCAGAAUUACCCUAUUUUGAAGGUGAUUUUUGGCCUAAUGCUUUAGAAGAUAGUAUUAAAGAGCUUGACCAAGAAGAAGAACAGAAACGAAAAUUAGCUGAAGCUGAAGAAUCUGUUGAAAUGUGUGUAAGUGAUGAAGUUGAAAUUGGACCUGAUGGAAAGAAGAAAGGCCUGCAAAAGGCCAAAAAAUCAAACAAAUCUAAGUCUAGCCAGAGAAAAAGCAGUUCGAAGAAAACAAUGUUACCUCAAACUAGCAGUGAUCUUUCUGCUAAAAUCUUUGACAACAUGGAUAAACAUAAAGAAGUAUUUUUUGUUAUUAGAUUGCAUAGUGUACAAUCAGCGGCUGCAUUAGGAGCCAUACAAGACCCAGAUCCUUUAAUCAGUUGUGAUUUAAUGGACGGUAGAGAUGCAUUUUUAACUAUGGCUCGAGAAAAGCAUUAUGAAUUUUCAUCACUUAGGAGAGCUAAGUUUUCUUCUAUGGCAAUGUUGUAUGAACUUCAUAAUCAAGGACAAGACAAAUUUGUUUACACAUGUAACAGUUGUAAGUCACAUGUGGAAACCAGAUACCACUGCACUGUUUGUGAUGACUUUGAUUUAUGUAUUACCUGUUACGAAAAAGAAAAACAUCCACACACUAUGGAGAAACUGGGUCUUGAUUUGGACGAUGGAUCAUCUCCUGGUGACCAAAAACAAGCAGAUCCUCAAGAAGCUAGAAAAUUGUCCAUCCGGCGGUGUAUAUUGUCACUUGUACACGCAUGCCAAUGUAGAGAUGCAAAUUGUCGUUUGGCAAGUUGUCAACGUAUGAAAAGGGUGGUUCAACAUGUUAAAUUAUGUAAAGUCAAAUCUAAUGGCAACUGUCCGAUUUGUAAGCAAUAUAUUGCACUUUGCUUCCAUCAUGCUAAGUAUUGUACUGAAGCCAAGUGUCCAGUUUUGUUCUGUCCAAAUAUGAAACACAAGAUCAAACAGCAACAACUACAACAAAGACUGCAACAAGCACAACUAUUAAGAAGACGUAUGGCCAUUAUGAAUACCGGUACUUUAGGUACAGAAAAUACCGCUCCUGUUGUAGCAACACAACAUAUGUCUAAUCAACCUAAAAUGAUACCUCAUAAAGGACCAGUUAUGGUCCCAGGGAAACAAACACCACCUGCAAAUGUGUUACAAGUAGUUAAGCAAGUGCAAGAAGAAGCAGCGCGUCAACAUGAUAAUGUGGGUUAUGGAAAAGGUGGCCCUCAACAACAGAUGCAGCGACCACAUAUGCAGAUUGCCCCUCCUGUUCAACAACAAGUUAAUCAAUGGGUUUCUGAACCUAAUUACAAUCAAAUGAUGAUGCAGCAACAGCAGCAGCAACAACAACAGCAGCAGCAGCAGCAACAACAACAACAACAACAACAAGUUCAACAGCAGCAGCAACAACAACAGCAGCAGCAGCAACAACAAGUUCAACAGCAACAGCAAAGGCAGAUGAACAUACAACCUCAACAACAACAAAUGAUACUCAAUAACCAACAAAAUCCAAUGCUUCAACAGCAACAAGUUAUGGCCUCUAGGCCCCAAGGUUAUCAACAAAAUCCUAACCAAGUACCGAAUCAAUCAUUACAACAGUUAUUAAAUGCAUUGCGCACCAACACUGACAGUCCACCUGAACAGCAGCAACGCCUAAGAGAGAUUCUGAGGAGCAAUCCACAGCUGUUGGCCCAAUUCAUCAGGAAUCAACGACAAAGGCAAAUGUUCCAACAACAGCAACAGCAACAGGGCGGUGCCAUAGCUCCUCCAAUGUAUCCUCAACAGAUGCAAGGGCAACCGCAGCCAGGACCACAGGGUCCUAACCAGCCUCAAUCAAAUAUGCAAAACCGAAUGCACUUAUAAAGUGAACAUUUUUGAGCUUAUUUAAUAUUUUGGUAUUGUUUCUGUUGUGUACAUUUAUGAAUGUAAAUAUGGCAGCUUAAAGUACAAAAUAAUAAUUUUGUAUAGAAAUUUGAACGGCCGUGUUGACUUAUAUGACUUGUGUACAUUUGUUUUGCUAUUCGUUGUUGUUAUUUAGUUAGAGAAAUGUAAUUAAGGAUGUCCUCCUUAACAUUAACCAUAAGAAAAUCAUUUAUAAUUUCCUACUUUAGUAAAAUAAUAUUUGUUGAUUUUUCCUUCUGUACAGGAAUAAUAAUAAUAUUAAUGUGUAAUAUUUUAUUUACAAUUUUUUACUCCUAGACAUUCUGUUAUUAUAUUAUUAUAAUUAUUAUUAUUAUUAUUAUUAUUAUUAUUAUUAUUAUAUAGAAAUAUUAUUUUUAAGGGAUAUAUUAUAUAAUUUAUAAAAUGGGGAGUUGACAACUAGAUGGUCUUAUCCAACUUAUUUAUUCAAUUUUUUUUAUACACAUAAUAAUUUAAUCCUUAACAGCUUUUUGUAAGAUAGCCGUGUAAGGCUUCUUGUUUGUCCUUAGUCUUUAAAUAAUGUAACUUAAGUUUUUUUUAUUAUAUUAUAUAAUGUAAGUUAUACAUUUAAAGACAUUGAGGGACAUUUGUGUCCAAUUAAAAAUUAUAAAUAUAUAGGUAUAUAUUUAUUUAUGUACGGAAUGUGUCUGCUUAGUCAGACUGCAUAUAAUGUUUAUUAAUUUAGAAUCGAUACUGUAAUAAAUAAAUGUAAGAAAUUGAUAUAAAUAUGUUAUACAUAGUUGCAUAAAAAUGAAAAGAAAAAACAUAUACAUAUAUUAUUGACUUUGUA